AUGAUGAAGGAACUACUAAGUAUACUUAGUAUUGCUUUUCUACUGAUAUUGAUCGUUGGUACUAUUCCAAUUGACCGUCAAAUUGAGGAAACUCCAUGUGAAAAUCGAAUGUGUUUGGAUGAUAUAGCGAUCUGUAUAUGUGGUUCAACAAUGACGCCAGAAGAUCCAUGUGGUUGUCCAUUUCGAUGUGAAGCCUGCUCAUUCGAAUGGUUACCAUCAUUUAAUUGGAAUUUUACUGGUCUCGUUCUUCCAGAAAUUGAUUUGUCAAAUCUUGUUUUUGACUUUUCCAAUUGGCAUUGGAAUAUUGGCAAAAAAUAA